AUGAACCGAGAAGAUAAGCUUGCGCUUAAAAUCGCAAAAUGGUUAAUUCAGCAGACAUUUUAUCAUGGAUAUUUGCCAAGAGAAGACUUAGUGUUUGUUCUCAAGAGGAAGGGAGAUUAUAUUGUUAGGACCACUGAGCGUCCCUCACCGAAAGGUCGCCGUCGCGAACUGGUUUUGAGUAUUGCUUGGCCCGAAAAUCCCAAAAGUGACGGAACUCUAAACUUGAAAGACAUCAAAAAUUUGGUAAUCGAACGGGGGCAUGAGUUGGUGUAUAUCGACGCGACCAUCGGUUUUCCAGGACUUGACAAGCUGUUUGAGUACUACCGAAAUAAUGGCAUCAAAAUUCCGAAGUCCAAAACGCCGGUUCAAUUACUUCAUCCCGUCGGCCUAUGCGUUUGGGAAUUUCGUCAUUCUCAAGUGACUCUUAUCAAAAAAGUUGGACAGGGUGCUUAUGGGGAAGUUUAUAAAGGCAAAAUGAGGAAGGGAAAAGCGAAAUCUGUGGAUGUUGCUGUAAAAACGAUGCGCGCUGACGUCGAGACAAAUGACGAAUUGAUGCGCGAAAUAAUGGCCGAAGCUCGAUUGAUGCGAGCCUUGAAUCAUCCAAAUAUUGUCCGAAUUCGUGGCGUCGCUCUUCUCGAACAACCACUCUAUAUUAUUAUCGAUUUUAUCGGCGGUGGUGGUCUCGACUCGUAUUUGAAGAAAAACAGCAAGACUCUGACGAAAGACGACAAAAAUAAAAUGGCAAUUUCGGCGGCUUGGGGCAUCGAGUUUAUGCAUUCACAGGAUAUCAUGCACAGAGAUAUCGCUGCGAGAAAUUGCCUUUAUGAUCCAAAAAAUUAUGUGAAACUGUCCGAUUUUGGAUUGUCUCGUAAAGGGAAUGUGUAUAAAAUGAAAAAGUGCCGAAAAAUGCCGACGAAAUGGCUGGCGCCGGAAUCGCUCAGCGCGUUCACAUUCUACAAAUCAUCCGACGUCUUCACUUACGGCAUUCUUUUAUAUGAAAUUUAUACGUGCAGCGAGCCGUAUAAGGGAAUCACCGGCGGUGAAGCGAAAAAGCGCAUUCUCGCUGGCGAGUUUUUGUCGAUCGACAAAGAUGCUCCGAAGGAGCUCGUUGAGAUUGUCAAGAAGAAUGUGUUCUUGCUCGACCAUAGAAAGCGUGCGACGAUGAAGGAGAUUGUGAAGGCGUUGGAAGAGUGGCUCCAGAUUGAGCUUGAACUCGAAGCGCCCGAAGACGACAAAGAAUCACUAGUGAGCGAAAUUGCCUUCAAAAAACAAAAAGCAAAACUUGAGCAAUUGCAGCAAAAUCUCGAAAUUGGUGAGCAAAUGUCGAAUUUGAACGAGGCCGACUCGAAGGCGUCGCCGACGCCGCGCAAGAAGGCCAACUCGAACGCGCCAUCGACGAUGUCAACACUCGGACCCGUGUCGGUCUCGCAGACGCCGCCGUCGAAGACUGACCGCUCGGUGGUGAAGUUGUCGGAGAACAACAGCAAAGAGAAGGACACGGUACGCGACAAGGAGAAGGAGAAGAAGAGGGACAAGGAGAAGGACGACGAUAAAGAAAAGGAGAAGGAGAGCCCGAAUCAUGAAUCGGCGCGACGAAAGACACCUGUCCAUAAGGAUACUCGAGAAAAGGAGGACCUCAAUCCAACGCAGGAUUACAAGGGAUCGAACGAGAGCGAUAAGGAGAGCCAGAAGAAGAAGAAGAAAGGAACCGAUUCGGAAAAGAGCAAUUAG